AUAUUUGUAUUUCCGGUAUCAAAGAUGGCGGGAAAUAAACAAAAAGAGUGUUGUUAGCUUUGCUCAUGUUACAUGCCUGCAGAAAGAAGAACUAUAUACGGUGCUAAAGAAACAAAAACAUGGCUGAAAGACCUGAGGAUUUGAACCUUCCUAAUGCUGUAGUCACCAGAAUUAUAAAAGAUGCUAUCCCAGAUGGUGUGAAUGUAUCCAAGGAAGCUAGAUUGGCCAUCUCUAAAGCUGCCAGCGUGUUUGUGCUGUAUGCUACCUCAUGUUCCAACAACUUUGCCCUGAAGGGGAAGAGGAAAACCAUCACUGCCCAGGAUGUUAUGUCUGCCAUGGACGACAUGGAGUUUGAACACUUUGUAGAUCCUCUGCAGCAAUGCUUGGAGUCUUACAGAUUAGGACAGAAAAAUAAGAAGGAAGCAGCAACAGAAAGAAAAAAGAAGUCGCAGAUAGAGGUGCCUGUGGUGGAAGAUGAAGAGGAAAAUGGGGAUGGGGAAGAUGAUGGGGAUGAUGACGAUGAUGAUGAUGAAGAUGAUGAUGAUGAUGAUGACAGUGGAGAUGAAAUUCAACAGAACACAGAUAAUGGUGCGGAGGUUAAGGAGGAUAGUGCUGAGGUAGAAGAGGAUAGUGAUGUGGUAGAAAUAUCAGAUGAAGAUGGUUGAUUUGAAUUAGUGUGAAAGCAGAAAUGGUUUACUGUUAUAGAUGACAUUUUAUUGAGAAACAAUGGUAUUCAUCCGGACAGGAGAAAUGGUUUACUGUUAAAGAUGACAUUUUAUUGAUAAACAAUAGUAUUCAUCUGGACAGGAGAAAAUUAUUUUUGACUUGUGAUAUGACAAAUCAUGAUUAAAUUUAGAUAGAUUUCGAAAUCGGAAAUUGAAUGUCAACGUCUCCUAAUGUCAACGUCUCCUAUACCUAACUUCUGAAACACCAUACCUCCACCAUUAUAUCUCUUAGUACCAAUUUUAAGUAAACAUUGGUCUCGAAUCACCAUAGCUUGUUUAUGUCCAUUCCAGUAAGUACAUCUCAAAGUAAACAUGCCUGUUAUACCAGUGGUACUAGUAUGUGAAUAUCUGAAUCAGUCCAGCAAGAUUUAGUACAUAUUUUAUGUUCUUAAUGUUAACCUGUUGUGAAAACAUCUAGUACAAUGUAUUAAUAUUCAAUUUAAUAAUACACACCUGUGUGGAGGGAUUGAUCUAAUGAAGAUAAAGGUAUCUGUUCCAUGUUCAUGGUGUUUAUUUCAUCUUCCAUCACAUGUUACUUGUGAUUGUUGUUGAGUAAGGAUUGAGUUGUGCUGCAAACAAUCAGCGGCACAUUUCUUAAAAUGUUAUCACUUUGUGAAUAUGGGAACAUCCGUCAAUAAAAACGUAAAUAUU